CAUUCAUUUGUAUGUUUCAUCUGUCCAGUGAAAAUAAUAAAAUAAAUAUAUAAAAAAAAAAAAUAAAUAUAAGUUCUAACAAAUGUAUAUAGAAAAAUGAGAACUAAAUUCCUCUUAUUAGUUGUUUUAUUUAUUGUUUGUUCAUUAAUAGAAAAUAGUAAUGGGGAUAGAGUCAAAGAUUCUAUGUACAUACGAGUUAAUUCCUCAAUACCUUGCUACAGACGGAUGAAUGCUACUCACCAAAUUGGUUGUUCCUCCGAAAGAGGAGGUUCAGUUGGUAUAGUCCAUUACUGUGAUACUUUAACAGACCUAGAAUCCGUUCUCAAAAAUGGAACUGCUGGACGAUAUAUUCCUGUAAUAUCAACAUCUUUAUUUAGUGUAGAGGUCAUGUCAAAUCUUAUAAAUAAUAAACAUAAGAUAGCAGGUCUUAUAUUGCAUCCAUUUGGUUCUUAUCCAAACUACUUUUCACAUGAAAAUCAAUGCCCAAAUGACAGAUUUAGUGUUGAGGGAACCUGUGGACAAAAUAAAUGGAACCCGUGGGGAACUGGGUUGCUGUACAAAGAUAUUCCAUUUGCAAUGUUUUUCAUUGAAGAUCAAGAUGAAAUAGCAAAUAUUAAAAAAUGUUUUCUAGCAUUCAAUAAUCAUUCUUUUGAUACACAGUCAGAUAGAUCUUUAUGUUCUUUAGAAUUAAAAGCUUUUAUGUAUGCUACUACAGACACACCUACUUGCAGACGACGAUCGAACGUAUUUACAAAUCUAAAUCCGGUGAAACUCUGUGAUCCCUUAGGAGAUCGAAAUGUAUGGGGAUCUUUGUUUCCAUUGGUCGAAGAACACGAAAACUCAACAACAGUUCCCAUAAAUGACUUCAAGUACGUCAUUGUUGCUGCUCGUAUGGACACAACUUCGCUUUUUGAAAAAACCGCUGGAGCAGAAAGUCCGGUUACUGGAACAGUUGCUUUAUUAAGUGUUGCUAAGUUACUUAAGCAAAUGUUGCCGACUAGGAGUACAGAUAUAAAAACAAAUGUUUUGUUCAUACUAUUCAAUGGAGAGACGUAUGACUAUAUAGGAUCUCAGCGUUUACUGUUUGAUAUGGAGAGUGGCGAGUUUCCUACAGAUUUACCAGUGAACAAUGACAUACUUCCAACAAUUUAUCCGGAGAAUAUAACACUUUUUAUAGAAUUGUCACAGCUUGCCCAAGGAGAGGCUACAUAUGCUCACUAUUUAGACAGUGCUUCUGAGAUAUCAUCGUUUAUCAGUAUCCUGCAACAUAAUCAUCCCGCCCUUAAGCCCACACCAAAUUCCCUUCCACCCUCAUCACUGCACACCUUCCUCAAAGGACGAACUCCCCUAAAAGGACUCAUCAUAACGAAUCACGAAAGAAAAUAUCGAAAUCAUUACUACAAUUCGCUUUAUGAUAAUAGCACUAACAUAGGUUAUCAGUACCACAACGGCAGUACCAUAAUUGAUAAUACGUUACAAAAAUAUAUUGGAGAUGUUGCAACUAUGGUGGCUAAAAGUCUAUAUGAGUUAAUCACGAAGAAAAACUAUACUGGGAAUGAAGUUAUUGAUUUAAAUUUGGUUGAUGAAAUGUUUCACUGUUAUUUGGAAGAUUUCAAUUGUAGAUUACAUAAGGCUAUUCAAAAAAGGAGUUUUCCAAGACAACCUGUGUCCAGUCUUUAUGUCGGUGUAAAUAUAGUCGAUAAUUAUUUUACCAGUUUAGUAUCCCUAACAAUGGCUUGGUUCACCGGAGAUAAGAUAGCACCAUCUGGUCCAAAUUGCACUAAUCUAGACAAGGUUCAUGUGUAUAAAUACUACAAUAUGUCAGUGAGCAUGGACAAUCUAGAUGAGUUAUGGUGUUAUAGAGCCACCGUUAAUAUGACUGAUGCUAUUAGUCCGGCGUUUAUUAUAGAGGAUUACGACUGGUCCUCAAACAAAUAUAGUUCCUGGUCUGAGUCUUCAUGGACUGAUAUUGGUAUACGCAUAUUCCUUAGACCGUCACCAUCUCAUGAAAGAAUGACCUUAGCACUGGGGUCUGUAGUCAUGAUUCUCUCAUUUAUUAUUACUUAUUUCGUUCAUAAAAGAUCUCAUAUACUUUUUGAAUAUCCCGUUGUCGAAGAUUCUCCCGUAAAUUGUUAAUUAUUUUAAAUUAAUUAGAAGAACGUGUCCAAAGUUGCUGCUCAAAUACCUCCACCGAUCUAUUAUGUUCGCAAGAAGUUUUAACAGACUUACCUUUACUAACCAAAAUAAUUUUACUUAAAAUAUAACAAUUUUAGUUUCAAAUUAAUAUACUUCAAUUUUUUAUUAUUUUUUUUCUUAACUCGAAAAACCAGUAAUCGCUACAUUAAUGUACAAAAAUGUCAAGCAGUAAAAUAAUUGGAGUAUUUGGUUUACUUAUGACUUUGAUUCACCUUUAGCACCUUUUAUUUUAAACAAACUACUAUGUAAAUUAGUUUUAAAAUCUGUCACCUAAUGCCUAUAUGUCCCAAGAUCAAAAUGUACUGAAUAUCAGUGCCCAGUAAAGACAAAUAUACUCAAAAAAUAUGUUGGAUAUAACCAAGGUUUACUAUUGGUCAAAUAAUUGGAAAAUUAUAUAGCUUGUUCCUAUUUUUCAUAGUUUUAUUGAAGGUAAAGUCUAUAAAGAUAUUUAGAAUACAACAUUAAUAAAAUCUUAUAAGAGUGCCUUCGUUAUUCAGUACAAUUCAAUUUGUAAAUACUGGGCAAUUUUGGGCUAAAAAAAGUAGGUGUCUAUUUUAAACUGUAAAAAAAGACCUUAUUCCCAUCGUAUUCUUUUUAAUGCUUUAGAAAAUUUUUAAAUAAUUCUUAUUUUGUACAUAGUAACUAGAUUUAGUUUAUAUAUAAAUCCAUAUUAAUUUUACAUACUUCAAAAAAACAACAAAUCAGAAAAGUUUCUGAAACAAUACUUAUGUUAAGACUGAAUUAUAAAAUAUCUUGCGACAGACAUUUUUCUGAUUUUCAGCAAUUUCGAUUGCCUGAAAAGUGAUUUAUGCCGAAGAUAAGUAUUGACAUAGAUAAUUUAUUUAUUGAGGCUUUACAUUCAUAAUUAUCCAAUGCUUAAAUAUAACUUCAAAAAUCAAAUAUUAAAUUUAUUGUUUAUUUAUUCGACUAUUAAACCUUGAAAGUAAAGGUGACGAUAUAGUUUUUUAGUCCGUAUAUAAUUUCUAGUAUAGUAUAACCAGAGAU